GGGUCUGCUGGGCUGCCAGCAGCCUGAGCCCUGCUUCUGUCCAUAGUCAGGCAUGGCAGCGGCAAGCGUCUGAGAUAGGGGCAUUAGCCCAGGAGGGAGGGGGCGGGGGGCAAGAGGAUCAGGCCUAGAGAGGUCGAGGGAAAUUUAAGUCAAUAAAUAAAUAACUUUAAAAAGGCCGGGGGGGGGGGGGGUCCCUGGAAGGAAAAUUCCCCCCGGGAAAUUGCUAUUCGAUGGAGUGUGCAGCUGAGCUGGGCUUGUGGGAAGAAGAUCGAGCAGCCUGGAUUGAUUUUAACUGUUUGCUUAGUAACUCGCAAGGUGAAGAAGAGAAACUUAUUUGAGCCCAUGGGCUCAAGUCAUUAGAUCUAUUUGGGGGAAAAAAACAGCUUUAUAUUUGAAUGAGAAGGUAACGGCAUCAGAUACCGGGCAGGAGUUAAAGUCAGGGGGCAAUGGCUCUGAUCAGCUUGUUGGAAUUGGCUGACCUCUCCAUAGGGACGCCAGAGAUCGGGGUGGUCAAUUUUAAUGCCCUCCACACUUUGCUCCAUGCCAUCAUUAGACAACUCAACCUGCAGGAUGUCAAAACCGAGUUGCUUGAUGAGAAACCUAAGCCCCCGGAACCUGUGCCUUUGCAGGAGAAAGAGACGAAGGGCCAGUGCGAUGCGUCAGAAGACUUCCCCUAUGCUGACUUAGAGAAGAAGGUCAUUGGGGUGGCUGCUCAGGUGCAUGGCAUGGAGGCCAAGGUGGUUGGGGUGGCGACUCAGGUGCACGGAGUGGAGGCUCAGGUCCAUGGAAUAGGGGAACAAGUUCAAGGGCUUGAGAAGCAAAUGGCUGCCCUGGAAAAAUUGCCUUCUGGGACAGACUUACUGGAGAGGACCAAGAGCGGCUCUCCAAAUGGAUCUGCAGUGGCUGACAUGUGGCAAAUGAUGCAGAUGAAGAAGAAGAUAGAAGCUAAUGAGACUGGCAUCUCCAAGGCCAUGGCUCUGUUCCAGGAUCUGCUGAAUGAGGUCAACGGCGUGAAGAUGGCUAAUUUCCAUAUGAACGAAGGCCUCCAAAACAUCAAGGAGAAACUUGACUCGAAUUUACAACUGGAUACCCAGGAGAUUGGCAAUCGACUGCAGACCUGCAUCGCUGAUCAGAAGAACUUGGAUAGUGAUGUGAGGAACCUAGAGCGAAGGAUAAACCUCUAUCCUUCCCCCGAAGAAAUGUAUAACAUGGUGCGCUGGGAAGUUCUGGAGGACUGUCUUGUGACAGGCAAAGACAAGAGCCCAUCCAUUAGAAGGACAAACGCCUAACCUCAUCCACCCCGCGAGAGUCCUCCGGGUCCAGCAGCGCCUCCAGCCGCUACUCAGAUACCGUGGAAGCGCUGCGCCAGAUCGGGCA